AUGUUGACAAUAGAGUCGGGUAAGCCUUUUAGUCCACUUCUUUAUAAGCGGGCUAACAUUGUGGUGGAUAAUGGGUUUAACAACUUUUCUAUUCCUAGUGAUACUCCAAGAAACCAACCAGGGAGGCGGGUGACGCAACGAGCGGGUGACACGAAUGAUGAUGAGCCACCCGUGAUUCCAACUGAAGACGAGAUUCCUAUAUACCCUUACAAUGUUGCUCUCCGGCGGUAUCAAGAUAAUUUGGGUCGGGGUGUCAAUUACACCAACAGUGCUUAUCCAGUUGCAUACCCGUACAUACCAUGUUGA